AGCGCCUCUCCGGCGGCCCCGCGCGCGAAACCCCGCCGCUCCCUUGCCUCCUUGCCCCCGGUGAAGUAAAACAGCCCCCUUCCCAAAAUGGGCUGCACGCUGAGCGCCGAGGACAAGGCAGCGGUGGAGAGGAGCAAGAUGAUCGACAGGAACCUGCGGGAGGAUGGCGAGAAAGCGGCCAGGGAGGUCAAGCUGCUCCUCUUAGGAGCUGGUGAAUCGGGGAAAAGCACAAUUGUCAAACAAAUGAAGAUUAUCCAUGAAGCCGGUUAUUCAGAAGAAGAAUGUAAACAGUACAAAGCUGUUGUCUAUAGUAACACCAUCCAGUCCAUUAUUGCUAUCAUUAGAGCAAUGGGGAGGUUGAAGAUAGACUUUGGUGAUCCAACCAGGGCUGAUGAUGCUCGUCAACUCUUUGUGUUAGCUGGAGCAGCAGAAGAAGGAUUUAUGACUGCAGAGCUUGCUGGAGUUAUCAAGAGACUGUGGAAAGACAGUGGAGUUCAAGCUUGUUUCAACAGAUCUAGAGAAUACCAGCUUAAUGACUCUGCUGCCUAUUACUUGAAUGACUUGGACAGGAUAGCACAAACCAGCUACAUUCCAACCCAACAGGACGUUCUCAGGACUAGAGUGAAAACUACAGGAAUAGUGGAAACUCACUUUACUUUCAAAGAUCUUCAUUUUAAAAUGUUUGAUGUUGGAGGCCAAAGAUCAGAGCGGAAGAAGUGGAUUCAUUGUUUUGAGGGUGUUACAGCAAUUAUUUUUUGUGUGGCAUUAAGUGAUUAUGACUUGGUCUUGGCUGAAGAUGAGGAAAUGAAUCGGAUGCAUGAAAGCAUGAAAUUGUUUGACAGUAUCUGCAACAAUAAAUGGUUCACAGACACUUCUAUUAUUCUCUUCCUGAACAAGAAAGAUCUUUUUGAAGAAAAAAUCAAAAGGAGUCCUCUCACUAUUUGCUACCCUGAAUAUGCAGGAUCAAACACUUAUGAAGAAGCAGCUGCUUACAUUCAAUGUCAGUUUGAAGAUCUGAACAAGAGAAAAGACACGAAGGAGAUCUACACUCACUUCACAUGUGCCACAGACACAAAAAAUGUGCAGUUUGUUUUUGAUGCUGUAACUGAUGUCAUUAUUAAAAAUAACCUUAAAGACUGUGGCCUCUUCUGAGAACAGACAAAAGGUUCUUAAAUGGUUUGGAGAACGACUUCGCACAAUUCUAAUCUGAUUCUUUUCGAGGUGAAAGAAAUACAAAAUACAUUGUGCUGAAUGAUAGAUCAGUACUGUACUUGCCUGUUUUAACAGCUUUAUUUAUGUUUGUCUUGUAAAUUUAAGUAAUUAGUUAACACUGAGAUGUCAGUUGACUGUAUGUAAACUUAUAAUUGUAGUAAUGUAUUUGUAUAAACGUUGAAUGGAAUAUUUUAGUAACUUGAUGUCCUCUAAAAUUUCCAUGUUUUAUGAAGAUACUCUUAGAGGAGACAGACACUUUUUGCCUUUGGAUUAUUUAAACAUCUUGUAAAAUUAAAUUUUCUUUUCAUCUUAAGGGUGCAUGCUGCCUUAUUCUUUACUUUUGUUGGUAAUACUGUAUAUGGAGUUAGCUUUUUUGAUAUUUAAACAGCCUUGUACACCUGCUCAGAUUUAAAGAAACAUAACCAAUAAAACUUGUUUUUGCCUUAAGUUUUGAAAAAAUCUUUUUAUAAAUUUAAGAUAAAUGCAAAGAUUAUUUUUUAAAUUUGAAUGAAAUACACAGUUUAUGAAAUCUGGGCUUGCAGUCUUUGCAGUGCAAAUGUGGCAACACUGAGAAGUCGAAUUUUAAGGUUCAACAAUCAUUGAAGCGUAUGGAAAUGCAAAAAGGAAGUUGUUAAAACCAUUCAUACAAAUAAAAAAAACCAGUUUGAAACUGUGGUCUUUAUUCAGUGGAAUGAAUGGCAAAAUUACCUUUGGGAUUUUUUUUUUUUACAGACCGUUAACAAAGGCUAGGCUUCAGGGUAAUAUUUCUUCUGCUUACUUAAGAAGUAAAAUCAUGUUCUCCUUAAACUUUUGGUAUUUUCUGCUAAUAAAACUAGCUUGAUAAUUUAAUAACCAUAGAAAUAUCAGAUACUCCCACAAGAUAUGACACAGUGGCUUCACAGAUUAAAGCAAUUUCCUGUUGCACAUAAAAAGAAUCUUCAGUAUUUUGGAUAGAGUGUUUCAGUAACUUGCGAAUUCUGAUUCUUUAAUUUCCUCUUUAAUUAUAAUUAAAGUAUCAUAUUUUCUUUAAAUGACAAGUUAAAGAAUAUGAUUUUCUUCUGGUUAUGCUUUCAUUAUGUGAUUUGCUGUCUUAGGUACGUAUCAUCCAUUGCCUUAUGGGUAGUGCCAAAACUGAUUUUUUUAAUACAGAUUUUAAAAUGAAUAAGCUUCUAUUUGUAAAUAAGUUAAUGGAUG